AUGGGUGUGCUACACACCCUGGAUUUGGAGAAUUUCAAAUCGUACAAAGGAAAACAAGUGAUCGGUCCGUUUAAGAGUUUCGUGCUAGGAGAAAAAGCUACAAGUUUACGGGUGAAGAAACUGGGGGAUCUAAUCCAUGGCGCCCCAAUAGGAAAGCCGGUGUCAAAUCGUUGUUCUGUAACCUUGAACUAUAAAGAGGAUUCUGGACGUAUGAGAAGUUAUACCCGAUCAGUAACCAAUGCUGGGUCAGAAUUUCGUGUAGAUGGCAAGAUAGUCUCGGUGCAACAAUACAAUCAUGAAAUGGAAUCUAUCCAGAUAUUUAUCAAGGCUAAGAACUUCCUUGUGUACCAGGGACAAAUCGAAUCCAUUGCCAUGAAAAAUCCUAAAGAACGAACUGCUCUGUUUGAAGAGAUUUCGAGGUCUUGUGAGCUACAACCUGAGUAUGAUCGCUUGAAGUUGGAGUUACAAAAGGCAGAAGAAGAUGCUCAGCAGAAUAUGCACAAACGCCGUGGUAUUGCCCAAGAGAAAAGGGAAGCGAAGCUGGAACGGGAUGAGGCGGAGAAAUACCAACAUAUGAAGGACGAUUUGGCUGCCAAACAACGACAACUUUACUUACUCGAGUUGUUCUAUUGUGAACGCUAUGGGAAACAAGCGCAAGACGACCUGGCCGCUAGGAAGAAGUUGGUGGCAGAACUUGAAAAUAAAAAGAACGAGGUUGAUGAAUCAGUCAGUGAAAAGCACAAGCUGGUCAAGAAAUCGCAACGAGACAGUCAUAAGCUUGAGAAGGAAAUCGCGGACAAGGAGCGAGAAAUCGCCCAUGAGCGGCCAUUGUAUGUACAAGUAAAGCAGGAAGUCCUCCAUGUGAAGACCAAGCUAGAAACCUGUAAUAAAACGUUGAAUGCUGCGCAGAAGCUUGCUGAACGCAAUGAAGAGCAGGUGCAAGCCAUGGAGAACUCUGCAAAAGAGCUGGAGAGGAAGAAAGCUGAAUGUGAAGCAGAACUUGAAUCGCAGAGCCAGGAACUUGAUCUACAUCUGAGCGAAGAUCAGAUUAAUGAGUAUGUCAUGCUAAAGCGUGAAGCUGCUAAAAGAUCUGGUAUAAUGGAUAUGCAGCUCAAUUCGAUGAGGCAAGAACACGAAACUGAUCGAAGCUCGAAAGUGAACGAAGAACGUCGCAUGAAAGCUUGGCAGGAGAAGAUCAAAAAUAAGAAACAGGAAAUUGAGCGACUCAAGAAGCAGAUUGACUAUCUUACGGAAAAUGCGGAACAACAGAAACAGGUCCUCCAAAACGAGAAAGUCAAUCUGGUAUCAAUGGAGAAGCAAGUGAAGGAAAGCAAGGAAAAGUUAGAGAAGGUAUCUAUUGAGCUUAACGAAAUCAAUAAACAGCUCUCUGAUGCAAGUGGUGAUUCGGCGGAAUCAGAGCGUGUAAGAAGACGCAAUGAAGCCAUUGAAAAUCUUAAGAGGGUUUUCCCAGACAAGGUCCAUGGUCGUCUGGUCGAUCUGUGCCAGCCUAGCCAUAAGCGCUUCAAUUUGGCUGUGACGAAAGUUCUCCAAAAGCAUAUGACGAGUAUUGUCUGCGACACUGAAGAUACUGCAAGGGAUGCGAUCAUGUAUUUGAAGGUGAAAAAUCUCGAAAAGGAACUGGAAGCUCUGAAGAAAAAGGAAACAAAGGAAGGCAAAGUACUAGCGCGUUUAGAGAAAGAAAUGGAAGACUUGAAGGUUGCCGCCAUGGAAAAGAAAAACGAACAAGAAGCUUUGGAGCAGGAACUUGGUGCCGUGAAGAAAGAUGCUCAGGCAGCUUGGCUGAUGUUGACGCUGAAGAUGAAGAUGGAACAACGCUAUCCUCCUGAAACCUUCCUACCUAAUCAUGGCCUUGACGUUCAUCCCAUCAACGAGAAACUUCGAGAGCUCACGUACCCGAAAGGAGUGAAGUUGGUCUUUGACGUGAUCCAGUGGCAAUCAUGCCGGCACAGAAAAGCACUACAAUUCGCGUGUGGUAAUGCACUGAUUUGUGAAACUGCUGAAGACGCGAGGACUCUUGCAUAUGGUAGCGCUGGAGGUGGUAUGUUUUUAUUACAGAUUCUUACGAGAUACAAAGCCGUUGCUUUGGAUGGAACCAUGUUCCAGCAAAGCGGAGUGAUUGGAGGUGGUAGUCAUGAGUUGAAAAUGCGUGCGAAGAAAUGGGACGAGAGGGACUUGAAAAAUAAGCUGACCUCAGUUGAGUAUCGGCUGAAAAAUAUGCAACUCGAGAAAACCAAGUGUGAGACUGACACACUCAAUAAGUUGACCUUUGAACUUGAAGCCCUCGAGUCUGAGCUCAGUGUGAUUCCGCCCAAAAUCGAGGAGAUAGAAGAGCGCAUGCAGGAAAGAGAGAGGGAAAUAGCGAAGAUCGAAGAGAAGAGUAACGCUGUUGCGGAUGAUGUUUUUGCAAGUUUCUGCAAGAAGGUUGGAAUUAAGAACAUUCGUGAAUACGAAGAGCGCGAAAUGCGAUUCCAUCAGGAAAGGGUUGACCGCAUGCGGGAGUUCGACAACGAACUUGACCGUAUUCGUAAUGAGCUGGAGUAUCUGCGUUCCGAGGAUAAAAACAGGAAAGUAUCUAUUGAGCUUAACGAAAUCAAUAAACAGCUCUCUGAUGCAAGUGGUGAUUCGGCGGAAUCAGAGCGUGUAAGAAGACGCAAUGAAGCCAUUGAAAAUCUUAAGAGGGUUUUCCCAGACAAGGUGAAAAAUCUCGAAAAGGAACUGGAAGCUCUGAAGAAAAAGGAAACAAAGGAAGGCAAAGUACUAGCGCGUUUAGAGAAAGAAAUGGAAGACUUGAAGGUUGCCGCCAUGGAAAAGUUGUUAAACUAUUUGUGCGGUGAACGAGACUUGUUUACUUCGCAAGCGGACGUUGACGACUCAUGCACCCAACGCGAAGUGACAGGUGCCGAGAAAGCAGUUCUGGCGUUAGAGAGCUUGGUUAGCCGAAAACAUGCUGAAAGACAUGCAUUGCUACACUCGGCGAAGAUCAACCAGGUUCAAAUUCCACUCACCUCAGGCAGCUUGGCUGAUGUUGACGCUGAAGAUGAAGAUGAAAGUACCGAUGGAAGUCAACCAACAAACUCCAACAACCUUUCGCAAGAGCAAAUUGAAAGAGAAUCGAAAAUAAAAGUCAACUAUAAGGCGCUUCCUGAGAAUUUGAAGGAUCUCAAAGACGAAGAAGAAGUUAAGAGGCAUGUUGAAAGAAUGAACAAAGAAAUAAAUGACGCUCAGACGACGUUAUCGCGAUUGAAUGCGCCCAAUCUCAAAGCAAGUCAAAGGAUGGAAGAAGUGAAGGAACGAGAAGCGGAGACUACUGAGGAAUGUGAGAUGGCACGUAAAAAAGCAAGGAAAAUCCGGACGUACUUCGAAAAAGUGAAAACUGAGCGGUACCGGAAAUUCCAGGAGUGCUUCGAGACUGUUAGCCAAAAAAUCGAUGAAAUCUACAAGGCUCUUUCCCGAAAUGCAAGCGCUCAGGCAUUCCUUGGAGCUGAGAACAUGGAGGAACCAUAUUUGGAAGGUAUACAGUAUAACUGUGUUGCACCUGGUAAGCGCUUCCGACCGAUGGAUAAUCUAUCUGGAGGAGAGAAAACUGUAGCUGCCUUGGCGCUGCUGUUCGCUAUGCAUGCCCGAAAUCCAUCACCUUUCUUUGUUCUGGAUGAGAUCGAUGCUGCACUUGAUAACACGAACAUUGGAAAGGUGUCCUCCUUCAUCUGUGAAUCUGCUCGUAGUGACAUACAAAUCAUCAUUAUUUCACUGAAAGAGGAAUUCUAUAACAAGGCUGAUGCUUUGAUUGGAAUUUAUCCCGAGGCGGCCGGUUGCCCCACUUCGGGUGUGCUAACCUUUGAUCUAACACCUUACAAACAGACUGGUCUGAAUGAUACCAGUAUAAUGGAAAGUACUGCUGUAAAUCUGAAAGGGGACCUAUCCGCUGUAACCUCACCUUCCUAA